AUGGAUUCCUCAAACAUUCCCGACUCGACCGACUGGAUCGGCACUCCCCUCGCCGGGCUGAUGCAGGUCGAACAGGCGUUCCGCUGCCACGUCUGCAAAGACCUGUACAAAUCGCCCAUGAUCACUUCCUGCAACCACACGUUUUGCUCAAUCUGCAUUCGCCGGAGCCUGUCCGAGAACGGUAAAUGCCCACUCUGCCGGGCUCUCGACCAGGAAUCCAAGCUGCGAGGGAAUUGGGCGUUGCGGGAAGCCGUCGAUGCCUUUGUAGCGUCACGGGCCGGGAUCCUGCAGUUUGCCAAAACGCCGGCGCCGGCUCCUGUCACAAAAUCCCCGAAAAGGAAGGCUUCAGAGUUGAACGAGCCAGCACCGGACUCGCAGAACAAGCGCACGAGGAUGACGACAAGGGCAAGCAAGGCGAAAGCGGCGGAGACUACAUCGGCGAUGAUGCGCGAGGAAGUGGAUUUCUUAGAGCGGGAACAGACACCAGAAUAUGAGCCGGAACCGGAACCGGAACCAGAACCAGAACCAGAACCAGACGACGGGCUUGUUGAAUGUCCCAUUUGCUGGAAACGAAUGAAGCCUUUGCAAGUCGACCGACACAUUGACAACUCCUGUCCCGGCACGCCCCAACCCCAAAAGCCCACAGCGUCAUUCUCCACCAACACCACCAACACCCGAACAACAAGCGGUUCUGGCUCGGCUAGAACGCUCUUCGGAAACCCACCAACCCCCACGAAAGUACCCGAACGACUCCCCGCACUGGCCUACUCCAUGCUGAAAGACGUCGCCCUCCGUAAAAAGAUGUCCGAGCUUGGCCUGUCCACCGCCGGAUCCCGCCAGUUGCUUGAAAAGCGGCAUCAAGAGUGGAUAACGAUAUGGAACGCCAACUGUGACGCGGCGCGGCCCAAGAAGCGCUUCGAGUUGAUGCAGGACUUGGACGUGUGGGAGCGGACUCUGGGCGGCCGGGCCCCAACCACAUCUAGGGCGGCUACUAUGGGGGCGCAGAUCCGGGACAAGGAUUUUGAUGGGGCAGCGUGGGCGACAAAACAUGACACGUCGUUCCGAGAUUUGAUUGCUAAGGCGCGCGGGACGAGGGGCAAGCCCGCCCGAGCCACCAGACUCUCCACCCGGUGGGACAAGACGGCUCUUAUUUGA